AUGCUCACGCGCUACGUGCUGGGACGCAAGCGCGACCCGACGGAGCCGUACCAGUCGCUGCGUCACUCGUCGCGGCACCACCACGUUGCUCUCGGUGCCAGGAUGCCGCACAUUGCGUCUGCCAUCCGCACCCAGCGCCUUCUCACGCUGCAACGUUUGAUGCUCCCGGAGGACGAACGGUCGCUUUGGGCGCCGCUGGUCCUCAUGCAGUUUGUCGCGUGUAUGGGCUACUUGUAUCGCGACUCGCACCCGUUCGACGCGCCAAAAGUCCGACACGCUGCAAAGCUCGUCAAGCACGCCGUGGGUCGGGAAUGGUGCCUGCACGGGGCUGGCAACGGGCUCAGGGCGCUCCGCGACUUUAUGACGCCGAGCGGCCACUGGAAGACCAUCAAGGACGUCGUGACGCCCUUCGAGAACUGGCCCCGACGCGACGUCCGCGACUUGGCCAUGCACACGCCCGCACAAAGUCGUCCGCACCCGCUGCUGUCGACAACGCGCCGGACCAACGACGACGUCAAGACGUAUCUUGCCGACAUGCGCCGCUUGCUGGCCGCAGCGGCGCCCGUGCACGCCCACGUCUGGUUCCGCCUCGUGAUGCGGAUGCUUCCUGUCAACUCGCGCACGCACUACAUCCAGCACCAAGAGCCCGGAGCCAUUGUGUGCAGCCAUGGCUGCGGCGCCGUCGAGACGGAGAUGCAUGCAUUCUUCGCGUGUCCGUACAUCCAUCCUAUCUGGGAGUGGCACGACAAGGCAUGA